AUGUCUUCCAAGCAAGGAGGGAAAUUGAAGCCCUUGAAGCAACCCAAGUCUGGUAAGAAAGAAUACGAUGAGCACGAUAUGGAGUUAAUGCAGAAAAAGAAAGAUGAAGAGAAGGCACUUAAAGAACUCAGGACCAAAGCAUCACAAAAGGGAUCAUUCGGUGGCCCUGGGCUUAAGAAAAGUGGGAAGAAAUAA